AUGCUUUGCUUGCUAUAGAUGGCGCAACUGAAACUUCAUAGUGUGUUGUUGUAAUCUGUACACUACCCUUUGUGCGUUCUUUCUCGUCUAGUUGUAAAUUUACGCGUUUGUACCAAAUUCAUCUCAGAUUACGAAAUAUUGUCGAACAUUGAGGAUCCCUCAAGGGAAGAAAGUGGGUUUUCAGGCAGACUGCUGCAUGUUGAAAACUCGGCAAUGUGCGUGGCAUAGCAAUUUUAGUGCCAGUUGUAAAGUCUGUUCCGAUUAAGCUUUUCCCACUUUAAAUUAAAAUAAGUUUAACCUAAAUAGUCCAACUGCAAACUGUGAAGCCUACUGUUCAAUAUUGUUGCAAAACCCAACUGGUCUCUGAUUCACUAUUCAUUUUGUAUUGUUAUCAUUCUUUUAGCUUAUUGUCUUGCAAGCUUUUUGUAUCCUUAAUUACCAUGGAAGACAUUAUCAUGGAAAGUGUUGAAAAUCUUAAUGGCAAUGUCAGCCAAAAGAUUAUGUCUUGUAAAGGUGGCCAUGAUGAAAACCAACAAGUACCAUCCAAAACCCUUCCAAAACUCUUUUAUUCAAGAGACUUGUUGAUCAAGCUUAAAAACCAUCCUAGCUCCAAAGAGAAGCCAGCAAUAUUUGAUGAUCUGGACCGUGUAAAGAAUGGAAUGUGGGAUCCAGAGCAUUGGCAUAGUCGAACUGCCAAAGAGCCCAAAAGGUCCAAUUCGGGUACUGUUGUGGGAGCUGGUAACAAGGAAGACCAACAAGAAAAGAAACGAGGUAAAGAAGAAGGGGACGAAUUUUGUUUCACUCCGCAGCGUCGAAGCUUUGUCAGUGGAUGUCAUGUAGUUCGUCGACAAGAUGCUGAACCGGCUGUACCGCCUGUUGUGACCGAAAGUGUUCGUGAAUCAACUUUGCCUGCACGUCGAGUGGGAAGUGGACGUUUGACGGGACGAGAUGUAGAACCUGCUCCUGUCCCCGCUAAAGAACCCCGCGACCGACGUGAGCCUCUUCGAGCUCCUGCUCCGCAAAGAGAACGAACUUUUGAUAGAGAACCUCAGCGAAAUGAGCGUGGAAACGAGAGGAAUGAUCGACACGAUCGGAAUGAGAGAAAUGAAAGAAGUGAAAGGAACGGACGGACAUUUCAACCAAGCAGAGCUGAUCCGCGUGAUAAAGAUCCAGCAGAGAAGGACCGCCGCAAUUUCGAUCGCUCCGGCUACGAUCGUGACUAUAGCGGUCGUGGUGACCGUGGUGAUCGAUACAACUCUCGUCGUAAAAAUGAAGAUGACACUCCCGAAUGGUUUUUCGGUGGGCCAUCAUCUCAACAUGAUACAAUCGAGUUACGCGGUUUCGACGAGGAAAAAGACAGAAAACAAAAUUCUAAAGCUCCGAUUAGAAAGGAAAGCAACAAAGAACGACAACAAUCCAGUGGAGCGAAGAAAUCGGAGGAACCGUCAACUAGUUCCUCUCGUCCUGGUAGUGGGCUGUCAGGGAAGGUUGUUAAAGAAGAUCAACCUCCGAAAACCGAAGCUCCCAAAAGGAAGAGUCCAGUUAACCAGGAGAAAAUGGAUUUUAACAUAGAAGAUUUCUUGAAAAUGGACGGUGACCUCAAUGGGCUCGGUUUAGGACCUACUGAAAGCGAGGAAACGUCACGGGGAUCUAAGGCAAGUCGCUGGUUUGGCAAAACUUCUGAUGUACCAGAGGCUAGUAAGCCUCCGGCAACGGAAAAUGUCAAACCAGAUCACUCUACCAACCAAGACGCUGCACGUUCUCUACUAGAGAUGUUGCAGAAAGGAAGUCAACAGCAACAAUCGGUUGAGCAUAAAAAGAUUGUCACGGCGGAAGAAUUGGAACGUAGUAGUGGAAAAUAUUCCAACAACGAACGAAGCUCUGAUGAUGGUAUGACGGUUUUCAACAAACUGCUUGCGCAGGUACAGGAAUCUACGACUAAACCACAUUCCGUAAUGAAUAGUGCCCCAACUGAGCAAGAUAUCCUUGCCAAUUUACUUGGAAAACAAAUGAAGAUUGAAGCACAACCUCCUCAACCUGUUCAACAUCACGCUCAACAAACUCAUCAAGAUGCAUUGGCAAAGUUUUUGCAACAACAGCAAAGCAACCAAAUGCAUCAUCCCAAUACACAGCAGCACAAUACACAUCAAAUGUUGCAACAACCGCAGAUUAACCAUCUCCAUCAACAACAGCAGCAAUCACAUCUUUUUUCGAUGCACGGUGAACAACCGCAUUCCGACGUUCAUUCUUUGAUGCGCGAUUUGGCUAACGGACAUCCACAGACAUUGAAUCAAUUGCAUAUGAUGACAAUGCAAAAGCAACAUCAGCAGCAACAACAGCAAUUGCAACAACAACAGCAGCAGCAACUACAACAAUAUCAGCAGCAGCAACAUCAUCAGCAGCAGCAGCAUCAGCAGCAACAACAACAACGCCAAGCUUUUGUUGGUAGUCCUCAACAAUCAGUAGCGAAGCAGUCAGCUUCUUCUUCCAGCCCGCUGUCGUUUACUCCCACAGCUGUGAUGCGUAAAAUGGGUGCCGAAAAAGACAAAGCUAAAGCAGCGUCCUUGGAUAAGGGCGACGGAGCAGAAACUGGAAUGGGAACAACUUCAUCCCCUCCGGCUAGCCAAAGCUCGGCGACUUCAAACCGCCUUACCGGAAGAACAGCUAGCCAAGUACAAGGUGCUUCUCGUGUAAGCAACCAAAUGAGAAUGAAUGAUGUGCCUGUUGUUCAACAGCAGCAACAGCUUUUAACUGGACGUCCAUUAGUGAAAGGACAAGAAAGCAUGCUUCCAUUCCAGCAACAACAACAACAGUCACAACAAGCCGGUAAUAGGCCAUUCGGACUUGCAUCCGCAUCGAAUGCAGCCAUCACUGGUGUGGCUGUCAAGAUGCUGGAACAGCAACAGCAGCAUCAACUUUUGGCAGCGGCUGUAGCAGCUUCUGCUAAUCAAACUCAACAACAGCUCAAACAACAAAUCUUACAACAGCAGCAGCAACAACAACAGCGAACGUCACCACUCCAACAAUCUCUUUUGGCAUUUGCAGCCGGUGGACUUCAAUCCAACAUGGCAUUGCAGAAUCGUGGCAUUCCUACAAAUGUUCCAGUCGGUAAUCGAACUCAUUUUCGUCCAAUUCAUCCACAACCGAUGAUUCCUCCCAUAUCAGGAUACUCUCCGUAUAUGGGUAAUCAAGCAAGCCUUCAAACCGGUCAGAGUCGCUUGCCCACCAACGUAGGUUCAUCAUCGAACCAGUUUUACGGAAUCUCCCCCGCUUCCAAUAUUAGAGGUCAAGCGCAAAGUCUAAAUGCGUUAGCUGCGCUUCAGCAACAAGCAUUUAGUGGAAACCGGAGCCCCAACAUGUUGCAAGGAGGUAAUUCAUUAUCUCGUUGGUUCCCACCCGAAAUCUUUUCCCAAACUGGUUCUGGACAAAUGCCAACGCUGCCACCGAUGCCGAGUCAAAAAAUCCUUAGUCUAGAAGAAUUGGAACGUUUGCACACUUCGCCCAUGUCACAUUAGACUCAACGGCAAGUUUUUAAAGAUGUUAAUCCUCCAGCUUCAAAUUUGAAAAUUGUUUGUUGUCGAUCUAUUUUGUAUCGAACAACUUUGGGAAAGGGUGCGUUUCCGAGGUGAGGAAAGCUCAGGCUCUAAGACAUACAAGGAGCAUUAUCACAAAACUUGCACGCGGAACCGAAACUGAUAAUAAUUCAAAUCGGGUGUUUGUACCUUUGAGCCUUGAAAAUGUAUUUACUAAAUUAGAAAGUAAUUUCUCUGAAAGUCGGGUUGUAGCCGCGUUGAGUUUAAAAAACACACAACAACAAAAAGCAACCUAGUUUUUCUUGUGAUACGGAAGAUUUUGAUUUUUUUUUCUCUGUAUUUCGGGUAUUAUAUAUAUAUUUUCUCUUAGAGUAAGCCUAUUUCUUCGGUUUUUUUUUUUGGUCCUUAUAAAACCUGCCAGUGGUAACACACGGCCAAUCUCUCCCUCUCGGUUAUUAAGAAGAUGGUAUUUUUGUGUUACAUUGUAUUUUUUUUUGCAUCUUUUUCUUCGCAAUUAUCAGGAUUCUCGUCUCUGUUUAUUUUCCCAUUUCAGUAUCGAUUGCAAUUUCUAGAUCGUCUGAAGCCCAUAUCAGAAAAAAAGAAAUUCUCGGUUAAUAUGAUAUGAAAACAACUAACGGUGUCCAAAGGUGUUUUUCUAAACUUGUCCCAGUUGCUGAAAAAACAUUGAUUCAGAAGAUACGUUAUGCUCUUAUUUUUUUUCUGUUCCUCUCCACUUCCUAGAUUUGAACAAGAAGAGCGCAUCAAAAUUUAUGUUUAUUUUCUUUCCCUUGAAUGUGAGCGAUGUUUGUGUGUGUAAAAUUUGCGCGAGCUAGUUCAGUGCCCUGAGUCUUGUGUAAAUAUUAUAAUCUAAGCAUCUGUGGAAAACAUGGUCAUGUUCACAUUU